CCGAAGUGAGGAGCUUUGUGCACAGACAUUUCUAUGUUGAUGAUGGCCUGAAAUCUUUCCUCAGUGCAGAAGAUGCCAUCAAAGUACUGAAAGGUGCACAAGACAUGCUAGCGCAAUCCAACCUCAGACUACACAAGAUUGUCUAACAGUGUUGAGGUCAUGAGGGCAUUUCCAGCUGAAGAUCUAGCUAGCAACCUGCAAGACCUGGAUGUGGGUCAGGACUCCCCUCCCAUGCAGCGCAGCCUGGGUCUUGGUUGGGAUCUUGCUACAGACACUCUAACUUUCCGUGUAGAUGGUGCAGAAAAACCCUUUACACGUCGGGGUGUGUUAUCUACUAUCAACAGCUUAUUUGACCCGUUGGGGUUCGCUGCUCCCUUCAGUGUUCAGGGCCGCCUCAUUUUGAGAGAACUCACCACUGAGACUUGUGAUUGGGAUGCACCACUGCCCCGAGAAAAGCUUGAACAGUGGCAGAGGUGGUGCACAUCUCUUCAUGACCUGAGAAAGUUGAAGAUCCCAAGGGCCUGCACAACGGUCCCACUCUCCACCACUCAGAGGAAGGAGAUCUGUAUCUUUUGUGAUGCAUCUACCAAAGCUAUUGCUGCUGUUGCUUAUCUGAGAGUCACAGAUGCUGCAGGACAUAGCGAAGUUGGAUUCCUGUUUGGGAAAACAAAGUUGGCACCUAAGCCUGACAUCACCAUCCCAAGGCUUGAGCUCUGUGCAGCCGUUCUUGCAGUGGAACUGGCAGAGGUUAUGUCUGCAGAGUUAGACAUUCAGGUAGGUGACAUUAAGCUUUUCUCAGACAGCAAAGUAGUACUUGGGUAUAUAUUUAAUGACUCUAGACGGUUCUACAUCUAUGUUCAUAACAGGGUACAAAGGAUCAGACGUUCAACCAACAAAAGCCAAUGGAACUAUGUUCCUUCUGAUGUCAACCCAGCUGACCAUGCAACUAGAGCGAUUCCAGCUAACCAGCUUGCAGCUUCCUCCUGGUUGUCUGGACCAGCCUUUCUUGUAGACAAGCAACAUUGUCACUUAAAACAGGAAGCUUUCAGCCUAGUUGAACCCGCAACAGAUGUGGAACUACGUCCAGAGGUAGUAACUUGUGCCACAAAUUUGUCAUUUCAGCUGGGCAGUAAACGCUUUGAGCAAUUUUCAAGUUUGAGGCCACUCACCAGAGCUAUUGCCAGGCUCUGCCACAUUGCUUACUCCUUUACAAGGGUAGCAAAAGAAGGUCCUUGCCACAGUUGGCACAACCGCAAGCUGCUCUUCAGUCCAGACCAGCUACAUCAUGCAAGGAUCAGAAUUUUGCUUGUGGUCCAAAGGCAGGUCUAUUCAGAAGAAAUACACUGCUUACAAAAGGGAGAUCAGGUCCCUAAACAAUGUUCUCUCAGCAAGCUUUGUCCUUUCAUUGAUUCUGAAGGCCUUCUCCGUGUCGGAGGACGACUGAAAAGGUCACAGCUCACAGCAGAAGAAGGUCAGCCAAUUAUCAUGCCUGGUAAACAUCAUGUUACCUCCUUGCUUAUCAGACACUACCAUGAGCAAGUCUGCCAUCAAGGACGACACUUGACGGAAGGCACUUUGAGGAGUGCUGGUUUCUGGAUCGUUGGAAGAAGACGGUCUGUCAGCAGUUUGAUCUACAACUGUGUGACAUGUCGAAGAUUGCGUGGGAGAGAGGAGGAGCAGAUAAUGGCAGACCUGCCUGCUGAUCGCUUGAGUACAGAUCCUCCAUUCACCUUUGUUGGAUUGAAUGUGUUCGGACCAUGGUGUGUCACCUCAAGGAGGACACGUGGAGGGCUAGCCAACAGUAAGCGUUGGGCAAUCAUCUUCACAUGUAUGAGCAUGCAUGCCAUACACAUCGACGUCAUCGAAUCAAUGGAUUCAUCCAGUUUCAUUAACGCUCUAAGACGCUUCUUUGCAGUUAGAGGGCCUGUCAAACAGCUAAGGUCAGACUGUGGAACUAAUUUUGUUGGAGCCUGCCGAGAGCUUGGGAUCAGUUCCAAAGGCUGUAAUAACAAGGACGUGUGCAACUACCUGUGUAUGGCUGUUCAACCCUCCCCACUCUUCACACAUGGGAGGAAGCUGGGAGAGGAUGAUCGGUGUCACACGUCGGAUCCUUGACGCAAUGUUCCUCAAGCUUGGGUCUGUUCAGCUCACAUAUGAGGUCCUGACAACAUUUAUGGCAGAGGUAACUGCAAUUGUCAAUUCCAGGCCACUUACAUCAGUAUCCACAGAUCCAGACGAGCCUCUCAUCCUCACUCCUGCUAUGCUGCUAACUCAGAAGAUUGCUGUACCCCCUGUUCCUCCUGGUAACUUUGAUGAUAGUAAUAUCUUUAGACGUCAGUGGUAUCAGGUUCAAAGGUUAGCCAACACAUUCUGGGAGAGGUGGAAAAGGGAGUACCUCAGUAGUCUACAAGGUCGAAAGAAAUGGAGAACGGACAGACCUAAUCUCAUGGACGGAGACGUUGUUCCAAUGAAAGACAAUUCACUGAAGAGACAUGACUGGCCCACAGGACUGAUCACAAGGACUUUUCCAAGUGACGAUGGAAAGGUCAGGAAGGUCGAAGUGAAAGUUGUCAGGGACAGUGUUCCAAAACUUUACUUAAGGCCAGUGUCUGAAGUUAUACUCCUGUUGCAAAGAAACUCUGUCAAGUGAUGUACAGUUUGACAUCCUAGGGAUGUCAGGUGGAGAGUAUGCUGGCAUUAGGUAUUUUCUGUUCUGCAGCAGUUUGCCCUCUAGUGGUUGUUUUUGUGUAUUUUUUUUACUCUGCAAGAUCUAGCCAGAGGCAGUUUCACCUCUGUUAAUCUGUUGCCAUCUAUGCCUUCACAAGUUGAUAAACGGCAUCAUCUUUUCACACUUUUUCCUUAUUAAAUCAUCCAACUCAACACAUCGGCCUGUUCCUUGGAUUUUGAUUAGGAGAGUGUUUAGCUGUCUGUAUAGCUGAGUCUACGUUCACGAGGACAACACUUAGCGAGGACA